GAGAGAAGGAGGGAGAGCUGCUGGUGUGCUGGCCUCGCGUGUAGCUAGUCGCCUCACUGGCCUUCCGACCGGGCCAGCGCACCCAGCAUCCCUCUCCCGCGGCCUCCUCGCAACUUUGACUCAUCCCCUCUGAGACUGUGAGAGGGCGCAGAUGGGCUGGGCGGGCGUGGUAGUGUGGGCGGCGUGUGUGGUGACUUCAGGGUUGGCCGUGCCCUUACCCGGGAGUUACUUCACGGACGAGGCCGCCGCCAGACUGCUCCACUAUGACCUCCACUCCGGCGACUGUGUGCUCUUCGGCGACAGGCGCAUUGUGGACGAGAUCAUGCGGGAGUUGGCAGCAAGCGAGAGUCCCGUGGCUGUCGUAGAGGCGGCUGAGCUGACUGCCUUGAUUUCCGCCUGCUACGAUCGCUCCAUACACGACAAGCGGCAGCCUCCUCCUCACGCCGACAACUUCCCUCACAUCAUCUACCCAGGAACCAAGUGGUGCGGGACUGGGAACGUAGCGGAGGGCUUGGAUGACCUCGGUUCCCUGAAGGAGGUGGACGCCUGCUGCAGGGAUCACGAUCUUUGUCCCGACGAUCUCGAGCCAGGCCAGACACGGCACAACAUCAGCAACGAGUCUCCCUUCACCAUGACUCACUGUGACUGCAAUGAGAGCUUCAGGAAGUGUCUGAAGGACGUGGGCACCGGGGAGGCCAAGGAGGUGGGCUCGGCGUACUUCUCAACGGGGCUGUUCCAGUGUUACCGUCUGGCGAAACCUGUCAAGGGGUGCAAACAGUGGGCUGGCCUCCUGACGCAAGCUUGCCAAGAGUACGAGUUUGAGGAAAGUGGAGAGCCUCGCUGGCAGGUGUUCGACAUGAAGGCUUUCGAGUAGAGGGAUAAAAACGACGAGAUCUGAAGUUGGCUCCAGAUUUGCUGCAGUUAUACAGGAGAACCAAGAAGAAAAUGGAAAUGAAGCUUGCUAAACUACAUGGCAAGCGAACAGAAACAGUGGAAAUCGACAAAAAAGAGGAGUAAAGUAAAAGAUUUGUGGCAAGAAUAAAAGAAUGUUGAGUUUGACUUAUGCGCUGUACUAAUUGAGCAGUAGGGAGAGGAAAUGAUGAGUGUAUGUUACGUCAUGCAGAGGAACAGGCAAAUAACACGUCAGAUGAUAGUAAGCAUUAAUCAUUGUGUAUUUAAUCAGCAAACCAGAUAAAACUGAUGAUAAGGAAAUUUACUUAGAUUUGAAUAGAGGUUAGUUUUAAGGUACAGUUAAUCGAGAACCAAAUGGCAAAGUAAUCAUAAGAACAAUCUAUGUUUUGAGAGGAAUAUGUGAAGAAAUUAAGAUGUUUUGACGUGUAUGAAGAAAUUAAGCUAUUUUGACAGGAAUAAAUAUACAAAUGAAGUUGGUUUGAGGGGAUGGAUAUUGAUUAAAGUCUCAAGGUAAGUUUGAUCAAGAACACACUGAAACAUGAAGGAAGAGAUAAGCAUGAGUGUAGUAAGAUAGAGGCAGCAGUCAGUCGGUCAGUCAGUCAGUCAGUCAGUCAGUCAGUCAGUCAGUCAUCACCCACAGCAAGUCACACCACCGUAUACGUAGGUUUAAGCACAGUAGAUCCCACAGAACAUUCACAUUUUGUCCCCCAUCCCCUCAAAAAUUAGCACUACACGUAUUAAAAUGCUCUGGUAUUUGCAUAUUAAUGAUUCUAAUAGACAUUUGUGGCACCGAAGUAUUUUCAUAUCUUAAUAUUCAACGAGCACACAUAGUUUUAUCUAGCAGUUGAAUCGUGUUUUUGUUCCGUGAGCGAGUAUUAUUUUCUGCACCUGACGACAAGCGUGUAUUCUCGAGCAUAGACAUAGAUUUGUAGCGUCAUAGGCGACUGGCGGUUCUGUAGCACGUAGCGUUUUCCACUUUCAAUACCACUGAAUCAUCACUCUCUUCUUAGGACCAGAUUCUGAAACAUUUCUGCACCGAGCCUCCAGUACUUUCGAAAGGUUUUAGUAAGUUGCAAGGAUUUUUAAAGGUGUUUUUUAUGGUUCUAGCGACAGAUUAACAAAGUAUCUACGUUAUGAACAGGAAAAACUCUUGAGAACCCUGCUGAUCAUCUCUGUGGCCUUUGAAAACAGUGAUGGUGAGAGAGCAAAGUGUUUUUGAAUGUGAGCUUUAUGCCCGUAUUCAGAAACGCCUUCCCCAUUCACAACAACAAUUUUCCAAGACCCCAGAGACAACUAGAUUUGUUUUCAAGACAGUUUUUCCUUUUGAUAAACUAGAAAUCUUGCCAAUCUCUCACCAGAACCAUAAAAAAUACCCUUAAAACCACGAGCCUUUGGAAAGCAGUGAUGGUGAGAGAGCAAAGCGUUUCUGAAUGUGAGCCUUACCAUGAGUGUUUGUACUACUCUAUACCGCCAAAUUCAGCACUUGGUUUCCGUAAUGAAGGCUUGCAAUGGGAAGAUCUCACGUAUGUACUUGUGGUAGUAAAAGACUCUGCUGUCACUGCGCAUCCCAGCGUCCAGAUGUACUGUAACAUGUGCCAAAGCUCAUAGGGUGACAGAUGUAAUAUUUUUCCUGAACUAAACCUCUUUUUUUUCUUUCUUUUUUUAAACUUGUCUAACGUCACUACUAAAAAAUGGAAUAGUGUGUGUGUGAAAUUAUAUAAAGUUUGACACACACACACACACACACACACACACACACACACGCGCGCGCGGAAAGAAAUUAAAGAAACUCACUACUUAAAUCAAUCCUCCGUGGAAGUUUUAUCAAGAAAGAAAAAGUGUUCAAACUCAAUGCGAGACCUUUUCGCAGCGAUUCUGAGGGUAGGCGGCGAGGACAAGGUUUCAAGGUCACCAACAUCAGCAUCUGUGUUUGUGCUGUCAUGACUCUCUCUCUCUCUCUCUCUCUCUCUCUCUCUCUCUCUCUCUCUCUCUCUCUCUCUCAGUAUUACAAGCGUCACGUCAGGAUACUUCAGCCUGGUAUUACUUUAAACAAUACAAUGAAUAACUGAAUGAUA